GUCACUCCCAUCAAGCCUGCUACUUCCGGGUAGAGGUUUCCAGGCCAAGCCACUAUCUCUGUUCCAUCUAGCAGCAGCUCCCAGUAGACCACGUCAAGGGAGUCGGCAGCUCCGUGAAUCAGGUUGUCCCGAUCCCACACCGUGCCUCAGUUUCUCUUUGCUGCCCGUCCUGCGUUGGGAGGCACACGCCCAGGCUGUUUUCCUGUGGGCUGGGGGGGUGGGCAUGGCUGGGGUAAGCCUCGGAGUGGAGCUGUUUUCUCAUGUCACUGAGUGAACACGCACGCGCAGAAGCUGCUUCCUCGAAGGAGGUUUGAGUAUCUGGGCGAGCUCAUGUGCAGAAGGGGCGGCGGACUGGCGAGCCCCUUGGUCCAGCUCCACUGAGGGCGAGAGGCCUUGGUGCUGGUAGGGUCAAAGGGUGAGCGCAGGCGCGUAAAGGGUGGUGGGCUAGGCCCGAAGCGGCUCUCGCGUACUUGCUCCAGCAUCUCCCCCCCUCCUCUUCGUCAACUCGGCGGGUCAUGGCCGAGGGCCUCGAGAUGGGCAAGGACCCCAACGACCCGACCCACUCGCGGUCGCUGUUCGUCCGUGAGGACGGCAGCUCGAUGUCCUUCUACGUGCGGCCGAGCCCUGUGAAGCGGCGGCUGUCCACGUACAUCCUGCACGGAGGCGGCACCUUGUGCCGGGUGCAGGAGCCCGAGGCCGUGCUGCUGGCCCCGCCCGGGGAGGCGCAGGCCGAGGCCUCGGGAGACUUCAUCUCCACGCAGUACAUCACCGAUUGCGUGGAGCGCAACGAGAGGCUGGACUUGGAGGACUACCGCUUGGGCAGGCCACCGGCUCAAAGGGAGCUCGAGAGCCCCGAGGCGUCCCCCGGAGAGCCCGAGGAGGUCUCUGGGGAGCCCGAGGAGGCCUACACGGAGGCCGAGGAUCAGGCCAUCGUCCGCUACGUGAGGGACAAUGCCCACUCUCCCAGCACCCUGGCGGGCACCAACUUAUGGAAGGCCCUGGAGAAGGCGGCCCUGAUGCAGCGACCCUGGCAAUCCAUGAAGGACCGCUAUCUGAAGUACCUGAAGGGUCUGGAGCACAGGUUACUGGAGGAAGAUGAGCCCAGCGGCCCAUCCCUGAAGCUCAAAAGGAAGGCAGAAGAAACAGAGCCUGCAGACAGUGAACCACAAAAGAAAAAGGCCCCUGAUUUGCCUGAGGAAGAUAGUACAGAGGAACAAGUGCAGGAGAGUAAGACACCAGAGGAAGAUGUUUUGUGUCCUGAAAACCAGGAGGUUGAGGACAGUGAGGUUCAGAACCCUGACCUUGAAUUACCUGUGGUUAAGAAUGGAGAGCUGGCCGGUCCUGGAAAAAAUAACUCCAAUUUGAAAGAGGCUCCAAAGGACAGUGAGGUUGUGCAAGACUCUGUCGUAUUGGAAACACAGCUUGAAGCAGAGGAAAGCAGUUUAAGCCCUUCUCUUUCACCCGAGGUGGGAGAGGCUAUCAGAGUCAUCAAACAUUUAAUGGAGGAGUUUAGUGUGGAUUUGGCAACAGUCACACAAGCUUUCUUGAAAAACAGUGGAGAACUGGAGGCCACUUGUUCCUUCUUGCAGACAGGCCAACGAUCUGAUGGAUAUCCAGUCUGGACCCGACAGGAUGAUGUGGAUUUGCAGAAAGAUGAUGAAAAUACCAGAAGCAAAUUGAUCAAAAAAUUUGGUGCUAAGAAUGUAGCGAGGAGGAUUGAAUUCAGAAGGAAUUAGGGCAAGAUGUCAGGGAAACAGACCAGAUUCUAGGGUUCAUAGAAUGAACAGUUGUAAAAGAUGGGAGAGUAGAAAAGAGUGACGCUGUUAUUGCUCUGUUAGAUAACACUUGUUAAUGAAUGUGACCGUGUCAAAAAAUUAAAAAUCAGACAAAUUUGGAAAACACAGUAAGAGCUGACAGUCAUGGAGCACUUCAGGCUCCAAAGAGUGUUUUUCAUCUGUUCCCUUUGACUGAUCCUCAUAUCAGUCAUGUGAAAUGGGGACUGUGAGUAUUGUUAUUACUAUAAAUGAAAUUGAAAAUCAAAGUAAGUGUUGUAUUUACCCACUUACCCAUAUUCAGAAUUAGGUAUUGGAGUUGGGAUUUCAGCCAAGCUCUUGGCUCCCAUGCCCCAGCUUUCUUCCUGCUGCAUCAUGCUGUCUUCCAGGAAUUGUUUGAAAUACUUAUUAGUGGAAAGUCUUAAGUCAGAGAAUUUCAGUUCAUUUUAACUUAUAAUUUCUGCCUGGUACAAGCUAGUGCUAUUUCAGUGAUGGGAUAAAAUACAAAUUUAUGUUUUACAUAAAAAAUAAUAAACAAUAGAAAACCUUUAAACUAUUGGAGUGCAUUCUACCUAGUCAUAUAUUCAUAGGAUCAUAGAGAUAGAAGGGACCUUAGAGUUCAUCCAUUUCAGUCCCUUUUUUUUUUUUUUUGCGGGGCAAUGGGGGUCAAGUGACUUGCCCAGGGUCACACA